UACUGGUGUCAGUUUAGUCAAGAGGACCGCUCACAAACUUGAAUACUUGAGAAAAGCAGAGAAACAAUGAAGUCCUUCAUUGGGAGUUUGGUAUAUUGCCUCUCUUUUCUGCUGGCUGAUCUCUGUGAAUCCUAUGACCUUUACAAUCCAUCCCACAUUUUAGCACAGACUUACGCACAAAGAAGAAAUAAUGCGUUUCCACAACGGACACUGAGCCCAGCAGUAUACAGGAGUAAAUACUGGUUAGAUGGACCUGGUCACCCUAACAAACAGAGGAGGAAGAUUUUGCCCCAUCUUAUCCCAGUAGCUUUUCCAGGACCCACAGCUCCUUCUCAACCCAAAAUAUAUGACUUGCUCAAAGACACACCAAACACAAAGGUGCAUAAUACAAAUAAUAAUGACCCUUCUCCACCUGAGGAACGCAUGCACCUGAGAGGUGAAUGGGCACCAAUAGUUUGCCGAAAAGUUCAAGAUCCAGAACAAAUAGUUGUACUUACAGGAGAAUCAGGGGAAAGUACAGGCGUGUCAAGCAUGGUGUCAAAUCUACCACUUCUUGUUCCACAAGAACUGUAUUUAGGUCCAGAAAAAUCUGUGGUUCCUCUGGAGCAAUCAACAAAUAACCAGCCCACCAUUUCAACAGUUGCUCCUGAGACAAGUUUUCACCAAUUGAAGCCAUCAAUGACAGCCUCACAAUCUUUGAAUCCCUCCCUGCCUCAAAAGCCUAUGCCACAAUCCUUGUCAAAAUUGGCGCAAGAACCAAACGCACAAGGGACUUUACCCCAAUCCCUGCCAAUAUCCACCCUUACACCAGAGAUGUACUCCCAGAGCACUUUAUCCCAAACCUUGCCAAAGUUCACCUAUACUAGAGGCCAGUAUCCUCAAGGAAUCCCACCCCAAUCUGUGUUAGAGCCAUAUGACCAAAGUGCCUUCCUAGAAUCCCUGCCAAGAUCCACAAUGAUCCCAGAAACAUAUCCCCAAAGCACUUCACCCCAGCCUUUCCCAGUGUCCACUCACAGAUCAGGGCCAUUUUCCCAAGAGGCACAUAUUCAGACCACCCCACCACAGUUUCCACCAAUGUCUACUGUGCCACAAGAAUCAUUACCAGAGGCACCAGGCAGGAUAAUUACCCACAGCAGGGUAGCCAUCACAGAGAGGACAGCCACAGAUCCACAUUGUAGGAGCCGUCCACUGGACCUGGUUUUCAUCAUUGACAGCUCACGUAGCGUGCGUCCAGGUGAGUUUGAGAAGGUCAAGAUCUUCCUGGCUGACAUGGUGGACACUCUUGACGUUGGCCCAGAUGCCACACGUGUUGCAGUGGUGAACUAUGCCAGCACGGUCAAAAUUGAGUUCCUGCUGAAAAACCAUCUCACGAAGGACUCCAUAAAGCAAGCCAUCAACCGCAUUGAACCCUUGGCUGCAGGAACCAUGACUGGUAUGGCCAUCAAGAAAGCCAUGGAGGAAGCCUUCACUGAGAAGUCAGGAGCACGGCCUAAAUCGAAGAACAUCUCAAAGGUUGCCAUCAUUGUCACUGAUGGACGUCCUCAAGACCAAGUCGAGGAGGUGUCGGCUGCAGCCCGAGCUUCAGGGAUUGAGAUUUACGCAGUCGGAGUGGACAGGGCUGACAUGCAGUCUCUGAAGCUGAUGGCCAGCAAUCCACUUGAGGACCAUGUGUUCUACGUGGAGACCUACGGUGUCAUUGAGAAGCUCACAUCGAAGUUCCGGGAGACAUUGUGCGGUCUGGACUACUGUGCGCUGGGUCAUGAAUGUGAACACAUUUGCGUCAAUGAUGAUGCUUCCUAUCACUGUCAGUGCCAUGGGGGUUUUGUGUUACAAGAAGACAAGAAAUCAUGUUCCAAAAAACAGGUGAAGGUGGAGAUCGUUCAGGACCCCUGCAUGUGUGAGGCCCGACUGGCUUUCCAGAGGCAGACACAAACCUCCCUACAGGACCUCAACGGCAAACUUGCUGCUGUCAUAAGAAAGGUUGAGCAAAUGGAAAACAUGCUGGGACGCAUGUAACGGAGCAGUUCUUGUGAUUGCUGGAGUGGAUAUGGAGCACUAGACGACAAGACGGCUUCUGCUUCACCUCUGAAGCUUCAUUAAAGGCCACACUGAUCGCAUGAACCUCUUUAUGGCUUCAAAAAUGGAUCGCAGAUUAUGUUUCUUAAACCACGUUCACAAAUGUUUACAGAUCCAAAAAAAAAAAAAGAA